UCGAAUUAACUAUUCAUUAACCGACCAUUCGAUCAUUGCGCAUAUUCGAGAAUGUAUUCGCAUACGUUUUUUAUUAUUUUAAAUUAUAUUUCAAUUUCUCUUACUGCAAAAGUAACAUGGUUACCUAAUACAAGUUUCAACUUGCCAACUAAUUUUAAGGACGGCAAACUACCGUGUUCGAAACAAACUGUGGUAUUCCCAGAGAGUCUUGCUAACUCGAUCCGAAUAGAGUCUGGUACGUCGGUGGGUGGAUUUGUAUUGCCAAUGGAAGGAGAACUGAUUUUAACGGAAGGUGUCAUUGAAUUUGGUCCAAUCACGGAUGAUAACUGUACGACCGAAAGCAACUCUUAUUAUACGGAGAAGUCUAUCUCGCUUUGGGCUCAACCAGAUGUAUGGACCUCAUCUAAAUUUAAAAAGGCGACUCCAGAUGCUGAAAGGGUUCCCUGUUUUGAUGAUAUUGCGGAAUUUCCAAGUAAUACUGAUUUUACAGUUAUUUUACCAGACGAGACUCAGAGAAUUCAAGGAAUCAAAUUAAACGGUGAAAGUCUUGAUACAGUGCAAUUUAAAGAUUACGUCAUAAGACAGUCCGAUCAAACUCAACAGUUUGUUCUGAAUAAAAACGAAGACACUGGAAUUAUAGUAGCACGAGGUCAUUGCGCGUCACUAGCAGGAUGCCCUUGUCAAAAUAAUGUUUUGUCAAUUGAUUGCUCAGCUAAGUUUUGUCCUAUGCCUGCUUGUGUUAAUCCAGUUCAACCUAUUGGACAUUGUUGUAAGAUAUGCGGGGGAAUUAUAGCUUUUGAUAUUGAUCGAAGUUUUGAUAUCACAACAUUUAAAGAGCAAGUGAGCCGAACGAUUGAUAGUUUUGGAGAAAAUGAUUUGAUUUAUCACAUUGGAAGACUUCCACCAAAUAAAGUGCAGCUUGUUGUGGUCGACAGCGACGAAUACAGCGGUACUAGUGCGGAAGUUGUUAACGCUAUUGCAUAUAACAUGGAAAACCACAUAGUGCACCAGAUGCAAAUCAGUGGGAGUCCUCUUUACAAAUCAGGUCUGGGUGGAAAGAUAUUUGUAUCGAUGUUUUUCACAGUAAUUUUAGUAAUGAUGGGAAUAUAUGUUUACUAUUAUAGACUUCCAGAAAUUAAAUUUCCGAUAAUGGGUCGAAGCCAUCCCAGUUUCUUUUCGAGAUUUGAUCGUAGAACUGAGAGUGUUGUUUCUUUGACUAGAAGAGAUUCAGUUGCACCGAUAGGAUCUAGCAUAGGUACUGCUUUCAGGAAUCCGCUAUACGACUCAAAAAGGAAGAAUUUAAUUGAAGAGUCAGCUAUGGAGGAAUAGAAGUGACUUGUAAUCAUAUCAGUUAAAUUAUAUUUGUCAUUUAUGUAGAAAUCUGAAAUUGAUUAUAUUUUGCAUGGAAUUGUUUUCAAGUUAAACUUAAUAAGGCUAAAGUUUAAAUAAAGUAAUAUAGACGAGUCAUCAUGGAAAUGGAUCCGACUGAUAAAAGUUUUAAGUAAACAUCUUAAACAAACCGAAAGCAAAGUUUGGACAAACAGCACAGAAGUUUGAAACUCAACAAUAUCUAUGGAAUAUCGAUAAGGCGAGGAGAAAUUUGAUCCUGCUUAGUCCAAUAUUGAAGCUCUGCCCUUUGUGUCUAUGCCUUUUCUCUGCUAAAUGUGAACUCAAUCAAUAGUAUUGGGUUUCUUCAAAACAGCUCAAAAGACGGGACUGUCAUGAGAGUCGUUAAUCAUUUCUCUUUAAUACUUGUACGACGAAAGAGAGUGCCACGGAAUUUCGUAGUUUAUCUGUGACAACUAAUAUUCCUAAAUCGACAAUCAAACAUUCAUAUCAACAGAGUUUGGGUAUUUGAUUAUUAAAUGAUACAUGAGUGUUUUUGUCAGAGAAGUUAUGUUUUUACUGCAAAUCUUUAUUAUUAUUUUUUAUUUUUUAAAUUAAAGUUAAAUUUGUUGG